UCUCGGCCACCUAGGGCACGUGGGUUGCCUCCCAUGGUCUAGCAGGCAGGCCGAGGGAGGACUUGGAGCGUCAAGAAUGUCACACGGGGGCCUCCAAAUGCCGUCGGGCAGGCCUGCAUUCGCUUGGCAGGCCCUAUUCCAAAGGAGCUAUUGAGGUCGGGAAUACCAAAAACUGGGGGCAGAGAGGGAACUAGGCUUGAGGAAGAAAUGGGUGUGUCGGUGGCAGGAAGCAGGGAACAAGACCACCUGCCGCGUCCUGCGCUGCGUGUGCUAUUCACUUGAUUGUUGCUGAGGUCACGUGUGAUUUAUGAAUUGGCGCAACUUUCCCAUGUAGGGAGUGAUUCACAUGGCUGAUUCACAUGUAGGAAUUCCUGGUGCUCUGGUGCCCAUUUCUGGUUUGGAAAUAGGAGGAAAAGGGUCUGCGUGGAAACGGGGGAGUGGGUGAACAUGGGCCUCAGGACAUUAGUCAAGCCUCUCAUCAGGCAGAGGGUAGUGUCGCAGUCACACACGCGUCACCUCCUCCUUGUCUCCUCGGAAUUUGGUUCCUCCUCCCCAAUGGACCCAGUCUCCUGAUAUCCAUCUGGAUGAGCCAGCCAGAGGGACCGGCUGUGUGUGUGUCAGAGGCAAGCAAACAAAUACUAGGAUGCAAGACUGUGGGCGGGGAGAGUACUCCUGAGCUCCGGUGAGAAAGAGCGCGAGAGAGCGAGCCCGGGGACAUCCCAGAGCUGGGCCCUUCCUCCCGCUCACCCUUGCCCAGCCCCCAGCCUUCUUCUGCCCAGGAGUCGGCACGGUUCUACCUGUAGCUCACCUUCUCUGUGUUCGGGUUAUCGGGUCCUACCAUGGCAGUUUACCGCCUGUGUGUAACCACGGGUUCCUACCUGAAGGCUGGCACACUGGACAACAUCUACGCUACUUUGGUGGGCACCUGUGGUGAGAGCCCUAAGCAGAGGCUGGAUCGAGUGGGCAGGGAUUUCGCCACUGGAUCGGUUCAGAAGUACAAGGUGCGCUGUGCCGCAGAGCUGGGUGAGAUCUUGCUGUUGCGCCUACACAAGGAGCGCUUUGCUUUCUUCUGCAAGGACCCCUGGUACUGCAGUCGAGUCAGUAUCACUACCCCAGAUGGCACCGUUAUUCACUUCCCCAGCUAUCAGUGGAUUGAGGGCUAUUGCACCGUGGAGCUGCGACCGGGAACAGCAAGAACCAUCUGCCAGGACUCUCUCCCCCUCCUUCUGGACCACAGGAAACGGGAACUCCAGGCCCGCCAGGAAUGCUAUCGCUGGAAGAUCUUCGCCCCUGGUUUCCCUCGAAUGGUGGAUGUCAGCAGCUUUGAGGAGAUGGAGUCAGAUAAGAAAUUUGCCUUGACCAAGACAGUGCCUUGUGCAGACCAGGAUGACAACUCUGGGAACAGGUACCUGCCUGGCUUUCCCAUGAAAGUCGACUUCCCAUCUCUGCUGCACAUGGAGCCCAACAUUCGCUACUCAGCCACCAAGACAGCCUCACUGAUCUUCAACGCCAUCCCUGCAUCCUUGGGAAUGAAGAUUCGUGGUCUGCUAGACCGCAAGGGCUCCUGGAAGAAGCUGGAUGACAUCCGGAACAUCUUCUGGUGUCACAAGACCUUCACUUCAGAGUAUGUCACAGAGCACUGGUGUGAGGACAGCUUCUUUGGGUACCAGUACCUGAAUGGUGUCAACCCUGUCAUGCUGCAUUGCGUCUCCAGCUUGCCAAGCAAGCUGCCUGUCACCAAUGACAUGGUGGCAUCUUUGCUGGGACCAGGCACCUGCCUACAAACAGAGCUAGAGAGGGGGCACAUUUUCCUAGCGGAUUACUGGAUCCUGGCGGAGGCCCCUGUCCAUUGCCUAAACGGUCGCCCACAGUACGUAGCAGCUCCUCUUUGCCUGCUGUGGCUCAACCCAGAAGGGGUGCUGCUGCCGUUGGCCAUCCAGCUCAGCCAGACACCGGGACCAGAGAGCCCCAUCUUUCUGCCCACUGAUUGCGAGUUGGACUGGCUGCUGGCCAAGACGUGGGUGCGCAACUCUGAGUUCUUGGUGCACGAGAACAACACGCACUUUCUGUGCACGCAUUUGCUAUGCGAGGCCUUCUCCAUGGCCACACUGCGUCAGCUACCUCUCUGUCAUCCAAUCUACAAGCUCCUGCUUCCCCACACUCGCUACACGCUGCAGGUGAACACCAUCGCAAGGGCCACGCUGCUCAACCCAGAAGGCCUCGUGGACAAGGUCACGUCCAUCGGUCGGCGCGGCCUCAUCUACCUCAUGAGCACAGGGCUGGCCCACUUCACCUACACGGAUUUUUGCCUUCCGGAUAGCCUACGGGCUCGCGGCGUCCUGAACAUCCCCAACUACCACUACCGGGACGAUGGCCUGAAGAUCUGGGCGGCUAUUGAGAGGUUUGUCUCAGAGAUCGUGAGCUACUAUUACCCCAGUGAUGCAUCGGUGCAGCAGGACUCUGAGCUGCAGGCCUGGGUGGGUGAGAUUUUUACUCAGGCAUUCCUCGGCCGGGAGAAUUCAGGCUUCCCAAGCCGGCUGUGCACUCCAGGAGAGCUCGUGAAGUAUCUCACUGCAAUCAUCUUUAACUGCUCCGCCCAGCACGCUGCAGUCAAUAGUGGGCAGCAUGACUUUGGGGCCUGGAUGCCCAAUGCCCCAUCAUCUAUGAGGCAGCCCCCUCCUCAGACUAAGGGGAACACAACGAUGAAGAGUUACCUAGACACCCUCCCAGAGGUGAACACCACCUGUAGCAACCUUCUCCUCUUCUGGUUGGUCAGUCAGGAGCCCAAGGACCAGAGGCCUCUGGGCACUUACCCAGAUGAACACUUUACAGAGGAGGCCCCACAGCAAAGCAUUGCUGCCUUCCAAAACUGCCUGGCACAGAUCUCCAGAGACAUCAGGGAACGCAACCAGAGCCUGGCACUACCCUAUGCCUACUUGGACCCUCCCCUCAUUGAGAACAGUGUCUCUAUCUAAGCCCCACUUCACACCGUCCCCUCUCCCCAAAGAAAAGAAGUUCCAACUAAGGGAAGGCCAUCUUCCUAGGGCCUUCCAGUCCCUUCCCAUCUCCCUCAUCUUGAACCUUCUCUGCCUAUGGGACCAAGAUGGCCCUAAUAUUAUAUAAAUGGGCCCUGAGCUAUGAGGGACCAGUACAGCAGUGUUCGAGUGAAAGCCGCUGAUUAAAGUCAAAUGCACAGUAUACUCCUUGAAAAGGAGCCCUUCACCUUGCCCUUCUUAUGUGAGAAUCUCCCUUCCACAUUGGGAAGCCCAGCUUGAGUUUCUGAGUCCUCCUUCCACGACCCUCAAACCCACAGUCUUUCACUUGUGACAUUCCCCCUUCCUCCCAAGCCCAGGACCCCUAAAUCCAACUUCCUUUUCUGAAAACUGGAAUGGAAGGGCUGGAUGCCUGGAUCUGCCACGUACUCCCCUUUGCUCCUAGUACUUCUCAGGGGGAGAGGAAGAGUCAGCCCCGCUCACUGGGAUAUCUAGUUGAGUUUCUGAGAACAAGAACUCUAGCCUGGGUGUGUAUGUCGCCCUCUCCUGCCCACCCUCAUCCCACUUCAUUGUUCAUCUGUCUUUGAGCCCAGUGACUUCAAUAAAAGCUAACAU